CAAGCCUUCUACGUCAAGAGACGUCUCAAGUACGGGUUUCCUCCCUGGAUUUAGAUUAUCUAUUCUAUCUAUGCUAUAAGCAUUCUUGUGUCAGAGAAAUUGCUGUGGUCGAUACCGCAAAGCUGCUCGUCACACCCCAACCCGUUGCGCGAUGUUCACCUUAUCGCAUUUCCCCAACCAAAGCCGACGAGGCGCCAUCAUCUCGCGAACGCUAAUCAUUGUGCUCCUCGUCGGCUACUGCUUCAAGGCUACCCUCCUGGCCCUCUCAUACCAUCACUCCGAGCAAUGCACACAGCAGCUCUCGCCGCUUCAGAAACUGCGGGACCCAAGCCCAGCACAACCGCAAUGGCCUCACGCCUUCCACCCCCAGCACCGCAACGCCCACCCACCGAGCAACACAGCCCGUGAGAACUUCACCCGGGACUUCGAGCACCUCCUCCGCCUCAUACCAGAUGAUUCACACGCGCGCGACCUCACGAGCGCAAUCACCAGCACAGGCGAAGAGAAGCUGCGCGAGCUGGGGUUCCGGACGCGCGGAUUCAAGGCGCUCUUCAAAGCGUGGUCAACGCUGCACCUGGUCGGCGCGGGAGACCAAAUGCUCGUACGGGAUGACAUCCUACAACUCCUCCGCGACUACCCCGAGCUCUCCCGCGACCUCCACCUAGACCCGACGACGGCAACGCACGCCUACGAAGCAGCGCGCACAUUCCUCACCCAAGUCUCAACACGCCUCUUCCCAUGGCUCACCCCCUCCACGAACCCCACGAGCCUGUACGCACACCUCCACCCCCCAAGCCGCGGCCUAGUCUUCACAGCGGGCGACGAUCAAGCCCUGUACCUCGAGACCUCAAUCCGCUCGCUCCGCAACGAAGGCUGCACACUCCCCAUCGAGGUAAUGUACCUGGGCGACGAAGACCUAAGCGUAGACGCACGGGAAGCGCUCGAAAGCCUCCCCGGCGUGAUCACGCGGGACCUGCGCGCGCUCGUCAACGACGAGGGGUGGACGCUGCGCGGGUGGGCGGCGAAGCCGUUCGCGAUCCUGCACUCGAGCUUCCGCGAGGCGGUGUUCGUGGACGCCGACUCGCUGUUCAUCCGGGACCCGGCCGCGCUGUUCGAUGACCCGGGGUAUCGCGCGACCGGCGCGCUGUUUUUCAAGGAUCGUUUGCUCAUGCCGGGGAGUAAGCGCGCGUGGCUCCGGCGAGUUCUUCCUGCGCCAGUGUCGAAGCAGGCGAGGCGCAGUCGUUUGUGGACCGGGCAGAGUAUUCAUAUGCAGGAGUCUGGGGUUGUGGUUGUUGAUAAGUGGAGGCAUUUUGUCGCGCUCUUGUUGGUUGCGCGGUUGAAUGGACCCGAUCGCGAUGGGAAUGAGGCGGAGGGGAGGGUUGGGGUUUAUGAUAUGGUUUAUGGCGAUAAGGAGACCUUCUGGCUCGGCUGGGAACUCGUCGGCGACACAGAAUAUGCAUUCCAUGAGGGCGCGGCUGCCGUGAUGGGCGCGCCGCAGGUGAAUCCCCAGGCAGAACGUAACGGCACAGCGGGACCCCGGUUCAACAUCUGCGCGCCGCAGUUGCUGCACCUGGGCGCCGACGGCCGCCCGCUGUGGUUCAAUGGCUGGCUGCUGCCCAAUAAGUUCUCAGAAAACCAGCGCCAGCAGCCGACGGCGUUCGAGGCGUUCAUCCCGGAACCAAGCGAUGCAGAGGCGGUCGGGGCCUGGGAGCUGAAGCAGAGUAACGUGUGCUGCCUGUCAGCGGAUGCAGAUCGGGUGAUUAGCUUGAAUGCUGCGGAGAAGAGGGUUCUGGGUGGAAUUGUCAAGAUUGCGAGGGAAGUCGGGGCCAUCAGUGACGAUCCGUAG